AUGAAGUUUGGUGACAGUUUCUACCAGAGGUCGGUUCCCGAAUGGGCUCCUUACAACUUCAACUACAAUGGCAUGAAACAGCUCAUCAAACAACGAACGUCCGCCAAUCUGACCGGCCCGGUUGAAAUUCCCGUGCAAGGCAGAAGUCGGUGGGAGGAAACAGAGAAGGUCCUGCUUGAUUAUUUGCAGGACCAGUACGAUAAUGUCGCUCUGUUCCUGCGGAUGAAACGGGGCGAAAUUGACCGGAGACUGAGUUCGCUCAAAAAGCAGGUCGCCGCCCUCCGGACAAUCGACGAUGAAAAGGCUUCAGACGUCAAUGCUGUCGCCGGUAUCCGGAGCCGCAAGUAUCGAAGACUCACCCAGGAAUGCGAAGAGCUCGGCGAUCUCAUCCAGAAGGUCGCCCGCUACGCUUCUGCACAGAAGAUCGCUUUCCGCAAAAUCCUUAAAAAGUAUGCGAAAUGGACAGGUUCCACCACAUUGCAGACUCGCAUGGAUGUUGAGGUCUUCUCCUCCAACCAACUGCAGACAGACUACUCGGAUUAUCUUCAAGAACUGGCUGAACUGACAUCUAUCCUGACCGAGAAACUGGCCACUCCGACAUAUCCACGGCAUCACCAAGAAGAACUUUCCGCUCAACAACAACACAGAACCACGCCGUCGAGCCUACGGUCACCUAUUGUUAAAAUCAAUAGUGCUCUGAAUCAGGGUCCGCCGGCCUUUGAUGCUGCGCUCAUGACCGUCCCCUAUGGCGAGGCGGCUGGUAGUGCUUUCUACUGGGUUCACCCAGACAACCUCGAUGAAGCGCGGGCCCUCGUCCAGCGAUACAUGAAGAAGGAUGACUCUGUCUCAACGACUCCCUCACGGAAGGGCUCCGAAGGAUCACUAGUAUCACGGAGAAGUACAUCUUUCAAUACCGCCAAUAGCGAUAUAACUCACAUGGUCUUCUUUGAUAAUGCGCAGAGGUUUGUUCAGGAUCAGAGUUCGGUCAGACCCUCGAAGAUAGCCCUUAGCGCGUACUGGACCCGUGACAAGGACGCCGCAGUUACGCUUGCCGGACUCUCCCCUACCUCGUCUGGUGAAAGAACCCUUCUCAUCGACCGCGAAGACCUCGGUGUUGCCCUAGACCGGGACGCGCCUCUUACAAAUGGUUCCAAAGAAGCCACCACAGUUCGGCAAUAUCUUAUUGAGCACAGAGAUGUCAAACCCUUGGCUGAAGUUCAAACACACCGUACGCGUUACUCUGGUAUGACCAACACUGCCGAUGUCGCGAACUGGGCGACUCUCGAUACUUCGAUCUCUUUUGGUUCAGUGGACAUGGAUCUCCUCGGUGAAUUACAACCGUUGCCCCAAACCAGCAAGACCUUCCCAUAUGCCACCCUACAUAUCCGGUGGGAAUUUGCACGGACCCCUGCCCUCGUUCGCGUGUUGGAUGAUUCGCAUUUGGCAUAUCGAGUCCACGGCUUUACUCUUGAAGACAUGGCCAUUCGUACAGCACUGGACGACCUUCCCCCAUCACCAUGGCAAUCACUCGUGGAGCAAGACAUUACCAAGCUACCCCUCCCCAGUGUUGGUGAGGCAACCCACUUCUUCCGACUCAAGACAACAAAUCGACUUAGGGUCAGUGCUACCGAUGUUAGUGGAUUGUCUUCGGGCCCGUCCUCGAGUGAAGGCCAUGCAGACAGUCUCUUCUCCACAACCACCCGUGGACAGUCAUCCAUCACGUCCAAUGAGGCCCGACCCAUCGAGGAAGGAACUUGUCCUGCGGAAUCGAAAUCUCCCUCAAGCAAAAGAUCACGGAAGCGAGCACGGAUUGUGGUGCCUCGGUCGAGUCCACCUCGAGCCCGAUAUUGGAACGAGUUUGAUGAUGGCGACUCCGAUGUCAAUCCGCAGGAUUCAUACGUAAUCUACGUUGAUCCAAAUGAGCCUACUUUUCCUGUGCUGUCCCAGGCGUGGGGAGCCUUGACGUCCUGGUGGCCGCUAAAGCCUCUCACUGGAGGCAAAAGGCCUCCAGGUGAGACGACGCCACUACUGUUUGAUGAAGAGACAGCUUCGGUUGAAUCAUCCGACUCGGACUCGCUGAUGACAUUGCACGAGUCACACCUACGCCGUAAUUUGAUUUGGGGUCUGAUCAGCGGCCUAACAGCCGCCUUUAUCAUUGGCUUUGCACUGGUUCUGUUUAUAUGUCUGCAAUUAUGA